AUGCAUUUCCCCCACUCCAAGUGCACCCUUCCCUGCGCGGAAAGGCCAACGAGAGGCAAUCGUCAUCGCCGUUCCCCCGCCCCUACGGCCUCGUACCGGAGCUUGCUGUUGCGCCCGCGGACGCAGCAAGCUGCGAGACCAUGUUCCCACGCCCCAGCGGCUCCGUACGACGGCCCCCGUGGCAAGUACCAGACAUUUCUCGACUUGAAAACCACCCAAAAAACGAGCCGAAGCAAGGGACUUGAGUUCCUCGACGUGCGCAAACAAGGCCAGGAUGUGCGCAUGCUCAACGGGGACAAACAAAGUGACGGUGCGACUGCCAUGUCUGCAACACGAGAGAGCGGGAAUCGUGGGACGGAAACGGAUGGCGCCGCCUGCCCUGGUUCGAGGAGGACGACUCGCGUCUCGCUGUCACGUUUGGGUUGUACGAACUGCCGGGCUCGCCUCUUGGAUUGCAUCGAGAACGGGGAACCGACGGGGUGUCUGCCACGGCCUUUAUGGGAACAACGUCAUUCAGCCAGGGGAAAGUUAUGCAUCAUCAAACCAGCCCCGAUUCGAUCGUAUCAAUCGUCAAGUAUCGGUCUGUGUACUGGUGGCUACUACUCCCAGGGACGAUGGGCACGCUACUGUGUGAGGUCCAUUCGCCCAGACCCAAUUUGA